UCCAGCCCAGCCCUCCCCCAGGUCUCCUCCUCCUGCGGCCGCCAGGGAAACCUUGCACACAGAGACAGACACACAGGGAGACUCACACACGCACCGGGCCCAGCCUGCCCUCCCCAGGGUCUCCUCCUCCUGGGGCUGCCCGGGAAAGCUUGCAUACCCGCACAUCCCGGGGCAGGGUCCGGCCCGACCCCCUCCCCUUCUCUUCAUCCUCUCCCCCUCCCCUCCCCGGGUCUCUUCCUUCUGCUGCCGCCGCCGCCGCUGCUACUGCCGCUGCCGCCGCCGCCGCCGCCGCCGGGGGAGGAUUCAUGUCCCUCCAGCAUCAUGCAGCCGCCGCCGAGGAAGGUGAAAGUUACACAGGAACUGAAAAAUAUUCAGGUUGAACAGAUGACAAAACUUCAGGCCAAACAUCAGGCAGAAUGUGAUUUACUUGAAGAUAUGAGGACAUUCAGUCAGAAGAAGGCUGCAAUUGAGAGAGAAUAUGCACAGGGCAUCCAGAAAUUGGCUAGUCAGUACCUGAAGAAAGAUUGGCCUGGAAUAAAAGCUGAUGAGCGGAAUGAUUACAGGAGCAUGUAUCCUGUUUGGAAAUCAUUUUUAGAGGGAACUAUGCAGGUGGCCCAAUCCCGAAUCAAUAUCUGUGAAAACUAUAAAAACCUUAUUUCGGAACCUGCCAGGACAGUGAGAAACUUAAAGGAACAACAGCUAAAAAGGUGUGUGGACCAGUUGACAAAGAUCCAAACCGAGUUACAAGAGACAGUGAAAGAUUUAGCUAAAGGCAAAAAGAAGUACUUUGAGACAGAACAGAUGGCUCACGCGGUCCGAGAAAAAGCUGACAUUGAGGCCAAGUCCAAACUUAGUCUUUUCCAGUCAAGAAUCAGUUUACAAAAGGCAAGUGUAAAGUUAAAAGCUCGGCGGUCAGAGUAUAAUUCCAAAGCUACCCACGCCAGGAAUGACUAUCUUCUCACAUUAGCUGCCGCUAAUGCACACCAGGACCGUUACUAUCAAACCGAUUUAGUGAACAUUAUGAAGGCCCUUGACGGGAAUGUAUAUGAUCAUCUGAAGGAUUAUUUAAUAGCAUUCAGCAGGACUGAGCUAGAGACAUGCCAAGCUAUACAGAAUACAUUCCAGUUUUUAUUGGAAACCUCAAGCAGGGUGGUGCGGGAUUACAAUCUUCAGCUGUUUUUACAAGAGAAUUCUGUGUUUCAUAAACCACCACCUUUCCAGUUCCAUCCCAGUGACAGUGAUACCAGUUUAAAUGCAGUGCAGCUGGUGGACAUUGAGCCCUCACCCGUCAGUGCUAUGAGAAUGACCAUAGCAGAGAGCCGACAGUUGGAAUCUGAAACAGGCACCACAGAAGAACACAGCUUAAACAAGGAGGCCCGGAAGUGGGCUACGAGAGUGGCUCGAGAACACAAAAACAUCGUCCACAACCAGCGGGCCCUGGAAGAGUUAGAAUGUCAUGGUGUUGCUGUAUCAGAACAAAACCGAGUAGAACUGGAACAGAAGAUAGAUGAAGCCAGAGAAAGUAUUCGUAAGGCCGAGAUAAUUAAGCUGAAAGCUGAAGCACGUCUAGACCUCCUGAAGCAGAUUGGGGUUUCUGUAGACACAUGGCUGAAGAGUGCAAUGAACCAAGUGAUGGAGGAGUUGGAGAAUGAACGUUGGGCCAGCCUUCCUGCGGUGGCCAAUAAUGGCUCCCUGCACUUGCUUAAUGUGGAUGCUGAAAGAGAAGAAGGGGAAGAAUUUGAGGACAACAUGGAUGUGUUUGAUGAUAGCAGUUCCAGUCCAUCGGGCACCCUACGAAAUUAUCCACUGACCUGCAAAGUUGUCUAUUCGUACAAGGCAUCUCAGCCAGACGAGCUGACGAUUGAGGAGCAUGAGGUGUUAGAAGUGAUUGAAGAUGGAGAUAUGGAAGACUGGGUAAAGGCCCGAAACAAAGUUGGGCAGGUGGGUUACGUGCCCGAGAAGUACCUGCAGUUCCCUACAUCUAACAGCCUCCUGAGCAUGCUGCAGUCCCUCGCCGCACUGGAUAGCCGCUCUCACACGUCGAGCAAUUCAACUGAGGCGGAACUUGUUUCUGGGAGCCUCAAUGGAGAUUCCAGUGUCUGUUUUGUGAAAGCACUUUAUGACUAUGAAGGCCAGACAGAUGAUGAACUAUCCUUUCCGGAGGGAGCGAUCAUCCGCAUCUUGAACAAGGAGAACCAAGAUGAUGAUGGCUUCUGGGAAGGGGAAUUCAAUGGACGUGUUGGCGUUUUCCCUUCGGUGCUAGUGGAAGAACUUUCAGCCUCAGAAAAUGGUGAUAGUCAGUGGGUGAGAGAGAUUCAGAUCUCUCCCUCCCCCAAGCCACACAAUUCUCUGCCUCCACUGCCGCUCUAUGACCAGCCGCCCAGCAGCCCUUCGCCCAGCCCUGACAAGAGGAACUCACGGUACUUCCCCAGGUCUCCUUCCAUGAAUGAAAACAGCUUCAGCUCUGAUUCUCCGGGGUUCUCUCAGCCCCCAAGACACACACCGGAGGCCUCCUACGGCAAGCUUCGACCUGUACGGGCUGCGCCCCCUCCUCCCACGCAGAGCCACCGCCGGCCCACAGAGAAGAUGGAGGAUGUUGAGAUCACGCUAGUGUGAUGGCCGGCCUCACUGCGUACAUCUGCCCCAUGAUCUCGGCCCACCCACUCCAGUUCGGCCAGACUCAUUUUUCAAGGCACCUUUGCAUGAAGAUGACUCUUUUAAGGAGCAGGAAGAAGGGAGGGAGUUCCGGGCAGCAAUGACCUGCUCUCCUUCUUCCCUCAGUCAUGAAGAUUCCGUGCCUUUGCUUGUUUUCUCUGAGUCAUCUCUCCUUCCAGAGCACAAGCCCACAGUGGCAAAGGGCCCUGGUCAGGCAGGCACACCUGCAACUUGGGGCAAGCUCUUGGCCACUUGUGUGGCCCGAUCCCAGCCCCUUCCUGUCACAUGUGUUAGUACAGUAUAUUACUGUGGCCAUAGGAAUGUGUUACAAACUUGCCCAACCCCCUGAGCACCAUCACCCAUGUGAUGAGUGGUGAAGAUGAAUCAGGUUCUCCAGCCUCAGAAGAGGGGCAGAAGCACAGGGCUCGGGGCAGGAGGGCCGGCUCUGCAUCACAGUCCCUGCCACCCUCACCGGACGGGCCAUGCUGCCGGCCCAGAAGGCCUUGGUGCCCUUGGUGUUCCUCCUCCUGCUACUUGUCUAGUAGUCACAGCCUGCCCUCCCGCCCUACCCCACCCCACCCCAGCUCGAGCUGGGGAAAGGGGCAGGACAUUCCUAAGCGCUCCUCACAUCGAGAAGAGAGGCCUCAUCUCCAUCAGAAAGCCCCAACUGGCUGACUUCCCCACUGCUGAGUAUUUUGCCUCGUGUGUAUCCGAGCACCUGCCCUGACCCAGUCAUCACUGUGGAUCUCCCAGAAGCUGCAUCCUGGCCACAACUCAGCCUUGUCAUUGGGUAACCUGGGAGAGGUCAAAGUUCAGGGAACUAAGUGUUAUUUUCUAGUUGGCUUAUCAGCCCAGCUGAUGGAAGCCCAGCUACUGGUCCACAGCAGUGAGUCCAGGGAAAUUGGCCCCACCAUGGCCUUGAGGCCAUCUGCCUCCUCAGGUCUCAUCAGUGUCCAGAAGAGUUUUACUAGGGCCUUGAAGUCCAAGUUGAGAAAGACAUUGCCAUUUGGCCUCACUUCAGGGCUUGGCACAAAUCCAAACUGAGGAUGCAGUGAAGAAUCCCACCCCAACUCCCCAUUAUAGGGAGAACCUGUGGUUUUACUGGCAAUAUUGAUGAGAUCCCAAGUUUCUGGGGAGAAGUAGCUCCCAGGUAUUUAAGGAAAACCCUUUUUGUCUGCACGAUUGGGUAGGAAGUUUUUCCACCUAAACCAGAAGAUAAGAGAACUGACGACUUAGUUUAAAAGGGCUGUUUUGGGAGGUUGCUUUGCUUUUACUGUUUUAUUUUUAAAGAAAUCAAUAUUACAUUUAGGUGACAUUAUCUGAACUUUGCACACAUUGCUUCAAAGAAUCUGACCUCAGAAAAUGAUCUCUGAAGCAAAGAGUGCUUCCCAAGCCCCUUGACCAAAAGUCACAUCUCAUCCAAGGAAACGUUUCCCGGAUGGCUUCAUUUCAUCAGUAACAAGGACUGUGGGCGAAUGAAUCUCUUCUGUAUUUUUUGUUCUUUCGCACCUCUUAACCUGUUGAUCUGUUUGAGGUCUUUUUAUGUGUUUAUCAAACUUAUUCUUAAGUUUAAAAAAAAGUGUUUUUUAAGAUUUAAAAGUCUGCAGAAAUGUUAAAAGCAUCACAAUGCCGAAGUCAAGUAAGUAUCACUCUGCUGUUUUCUUCCUCUAUCCUUCCAGCCAGUCUGUCUGUCUGUCUGUGCCCGCAAAUCAAGGUUCUCCAAAUUAAGAGUAUUAUUGGAAAUCUCUUUAGUUCUAUUUUAAAUAUUUUCUGUAAGAGCUGCUAAUUUUAUUUAAAAGAAAAAGAUGUAAAAAUGCCUCCUUUUUAACUAUGACUGGUUCAUACAGGGCACGUAAUCCAUGUAUCCCAGUGUACAGUGUCAGUACACUGAGAACACCUCUGCAACGGCUUCCUCUGUACUGGCUGUAAAAAGUUUGUAUUUAUUAUGUAUAAAAUGUUGAAUAAUAAAAAAAAGUGGA